GCCUCAGUGUCUUUCAACCACCCUUUAAACUAUCAACUUUCUACGCGCUCACACCUCAGUCUCUCCAUCACAACCAUGGCUCCCAACCAACGCAUCGUCUCCGGCCGCCCGCAGAAGAGCUUCUUCCGCAACGCCUAUGACGAGGUCACCAACCCCGAGCACGCCACCAUUGUCCGCAGCAUCCUUGUUUUCGGUGCCGGCGUUGCUUUCCUUCACAGCAGCCUGGGCGAGCUCCUCCUUCCUCCCAUGAUCACAGCCAAGCGCAAGCACAACGCGGGGAUCCAUGAGACAGAACAGGUAACAAAACGAACUUCUAGUCCCAGCAACAGUGCGGUUCUAGGCUACAAUGCCCACGCCCCGUGGCUCCACGACGCGAGACCCUCGCGCGCCUGGAGGACACUGGGCGAUCGCGCCGUUCCGCCGUCGUUGCCGCUAGCCAACAUGGUGUCGACCGUCCAGGACCUCAUCGACCCGGACUUCGAUCCAUUAGUCGCUAUUUUGGAUGAUGAACCCCGCUUCCUCAAACCCUUGCCCUCUCGCAUCGCCCCGGAGGACCUGGAGUUCUUGCGCUUUCGGGGAGCGCUGUCGAUUCCCGAGUGUGAGCUUCGCAAUGAACUGCUGCGAUGUUAUGUCAAAUGGGUGCAUAGCUUUAUCCCGGUCAUCAAUCUCCAGGAGUUCUUGCGAUGUGUCGCUGAAAAUGACCCCAGAGGUAACAUUAGUCUGCUGCUGUUCCAGGCCGUGAUGUUCGUUGCGACGGCAUUUAUCGAUGUUAAGCACUUGCAGGCGGCGGGCUAUGCCUCAAGGAAAGAAGCCCGUAAUGCUUUCUAUACCCCGUUAAGGCUUCUUUAUUCCUUAGACUGCGAGGAUGACCGGAUCGUGAUCCUCCAGACCCUGCUGCUGAUGACGUACUGGUGCGACCAUAUGAACCAUCCCAAUCGAGACAUAUGGGACUGGAUCGGGAUUUGCAAUAUCCAAGCGCAUUCUAUCGGAUUGAAUCGAGACCCUAGCUCUACCCCAAACAUGGAUCAGAAGACCAAGCGGUUGAGAGUGCGGCUAUGGUGGAGUUUAUACGCGCGCGAUCGUCUGAUCGCCAUGGGGUUGAGGCGGCCGACACAGGUCAACGAGGGGACGAGCAAUGUGCCCUUGCUGAGGCUAGAAGAUUUCGACUUCGAACCAUACCACCCAGCGGUGGUCGAGCUAUUCCACUGCCGCCAGCUGGAAGAUUCGUCGCAUCAAAAGCGUCUCGCUACCAUGUUCAUCGAGAAAACGAAACUCUGCCAGUCCAUUGGCCGGGUGCUCUUCGCUCAAUAUUCGCCGUCACAGCGGCAGUUCGGCAUGACCCACCUAACAACGAUAGCUCUUGUCCCGCGACAAGCAGCAGAGUCGGAGCUCGCCAGGUGCAGCCAACGGCUCGAGUCCUGGCUCAAUUCCCUCCCGAAGGAUGCCCAGUUCAUUCCUGCUACACGACCCAACUCUGAAGAUGGGGAAGACGUCCUACUACUCCACGGUGCCAUGCUCCGGAUGCUGUAUCACACGACAAUCAGCGCUUUACAUCGACCCUGGGCCUUCCCCCCGACCAAAGCCGACAACAAAGCCCGUCACGAGUUGGCCAACACCGCACGUACCAAGAUGCACGACGCUGCUGUCGGGAUCACACAGAUCAUCCAAGGCCUGAACCGGCUAAACCUCACUCGCUUUCUACCCCAGUCCGGCGUCACGGUCAUCACCCCAGCGGCGGUGGCCCACCUAGCCAGUACCAUGUCGGAUAAUCCAAGCGUUCGUGAAGCCGGCAUCUUCAACUUCCAGCGUUGCAUUCAAGUCCUCCAGGGUAUGAAAGAAAUCUACCCCGCCGCAGACAUGGAGAUGGCCAACGUGGAAGCCGCCGUCAAGGUUCAGACCGGCAGCGUAGGCACAUUUCUCCGCAUCAUGCAAUACAAUGACACGCAACGCGAGCCACAAGGGCGAAGAGACAGCCUGGCACCGACCAUCCAAACAAUCACAUCUCCAUCUGGAGGCGAGCAAAUACCACCCGAAUGGGCAGUCCAAGACAACUCCAUCCGCCAGCACAAUCAACCACAGCAACCAUCUCACCCGCAUCCCCAACACACACCCUCAAACCCAACAGCCUCCCUACAACCAACCCGCAACGCACCCCGUCCCUCUCCCACGCAAAACAAGACGACCACCCCACCCCACCAGACCACUUCACCCCCCACUUCACCAACAGCAUCUUCCACGACCGCUCUCCCACCUCCACAACACCCUACCCCCAAACCGACCCCCUCAAGCCUCGCACCGAACCCUCCAGCUGGCCCGAAAUGGACGUCAACUGGGCCGAGGAGCUCCUGCGCGACACAGACCUCAGCCUCGAUUUCUCAGGAACAGCAGACGAGAACUUCGCGCACGACGUGUUUGUUUUCCCGCCUGAAGCGGAUUCUUAUGUUCCUCCCGAUGCUAGUGCUGGCAGUGGCAGUUGGGACGGGGGCAGGGUGCAGCAUCCUCCUCAUUCCCAUCCCCAUCCCCAUCGUCAUCGUCAGAAUACGAACGGCGACAUCACAGGCGACUUGGACCGCGACUUGGGGAUCGGUUUAUCAGGGGAUGAGAUGUUUUGACUUAUCUAGCUAGCUAGCGUUUUAGCGUUGAUCAUUCCUAUUUACCGUGUUUUUCUUGUUUGUUUUUCUGUGGUAUACGUUUACGUUACGCAUGAUAUGAUAUGACAUCUGGAUGGGUAUAUAGGUUAUCGGUAUUGGAUAUUGGAUGGGUAUACGCGGUGUAUCUAACGACAGG